AUGAAUUUAUUUAGAUCAAAAAAAAAGGAAGAACCCAAAAAGAAAAUCACUCUCACCAUUGAACAACUUACCAUGUAAUUCAUGAAAUCUAAAGAAUACAUCAAUCAUGACCGACAAAAAAAAAUCAAUGAAGCUAUAUAGCAAGAAACAAAAUUACUAAAUAUGCUCAAGGCUCCUUAGAGAAAUAGGAAAGAUGAAGAAAUUCAAAUCAUCAGAAUUGUUAAUAUCGUUAAUACCAUUGAAGCUUAUGAUAAGGCCAUUAUACAACUCAACAAUAUUGAUCAAUUUAAAAGUUAAAUUGUAGCAAGUUAAGGUGACCCCAACAGAGUCUAAUAAUUUAUUCCUUAUAUUGCCAGUGUGUGUUAUUAUAUCGAAAAUACUAAUGAUUUAAGAGGAGCUGUUGAUCUCAAAUUAUAAUUAAACGAAUAUUAUGGAUGCGAUAUUGCCAAAACUUAUGAAAGAUCAGUUGAUCCUAGCGCUAAAGUAUUAGUUAGCAUUUUAAAUCUAUCAUCCCCUUCUGUUAUAAAAUAUGCUUAAGACUUUAGUAGGAAAUACUAAAUACUUGAUGUACCAGGUGUAAACUAUUAACCACAAUAAUAAUAACAAUCUUGGGUUCCUAACUAAUAUCCUACACAUUAAUAAGGUGGUUAUCCAUAAUAAGGUGGAUAUCCAUAAUAAGGUGGAUAUCCAUAGUAAGGAGGCUACCCAUUAUAAGGUGGAUAUCCAUAAUAAGGAGGGUACCCAUAAUAAGGCGGCUAUCCAUAAUAAGGAGGGUACCCACAAUAAUAAAAUGGAUAUCCAUAAUAAUAAAAUGGAUAACCUUAAUAAGGAGGAUAACUAUAAUAUAGUGCAUUCCCAUAAUAAGGAGGGUACUCUUAAAAUAAUGGAUUAUAAUAAGCACAAUAACCAUAUCCUCAGCAAUAAUAAUAAUAAGCUAAUUAUUAAUAAUCAUAUCAAAAUUAAUCAUAAGCUUAAACUUAAUAAAAUACUAUCAAUCCUAAUUCCAUAUAAAACUCUAAUCCCUAUGGAUAAGUAUAAUAAUUUAGCUAACAAAAUUUAUAUUUAAAUAAUCCAACUGUUUAUUAGCCUUAAAUUUCUCAACCAUAAAUUGGAAUUAAUCCUAAGUAAAACUCAAACUAUAAUUACCCAUAACCAUAAUAAUCAAUAUAUAAUUCUUAACAACCUUAAAAUAAUAAUAUACCUUAAUAAUAAUAAUAAUCAUAAUUUUAAUCAUAAUAACAAUAAGUAGAUCCAUUUGCAAUACUUAAUCAAUCAAAUAAUUAAUAGAUGAUAGAAUUACCUUCAAUAUCUUAAUAAUAAUUUACUUAACCAAAUAUACCUUUGAAUCAAAGUAAAAACGAAAAUGGAUUGGUUGGUGAACAAUCUCCUUCAGCAUUUCAUAAUCAAUCAAAUUAAAAUUAAACUGCUGCAAUUGGUUAAGAUAUAAAUAGAAGUUAACCUUCUCAAAUCAAUUAGAAUCCCCAAAUUAUUCCUGUAUAAAUAAAUCACGAUUUAAGAUCUUUAGAGAUUUUACAUAAAUUCAAGACUGGUUUUCAACAAUCUAUUAAUUAAUCAAUUCAAUAAUUGCAGAAGGCGGGUUUAAGUUUAUGA